GGCUCCUUGUGACGCCUCAGGAGGCUGCGAGCGGGCGGCCAUGGCAGUGCGGGCGAGUGGCCACGCUCUUCUCCUUCUCCUCCUCCCGCCGCUGCUCACGGCCCUGCUGGAUGCGGAGCCGCAGGGCUCCGGGGACGAGAGCGAGCGGGCGGAGCCGGCGGAGCCGGGUCUGAAUGCCCUUGAGACCACAGAACAAGAAUUUGGAGAAUGCACAGUUACAUGUGGGAUUGGCAUUCAAGAAAUUCUGUUAACAAGUGGAUGCCCUGGGGAUGAAGCAAAAUGUAUUGUUGGUGUGAAGGAAUGCCGUGGACCAGUGGACUGUGGAUGGGGAAGACCAAUUUCUGAGAACUCUACAAGCGUGAUGAUGACUUGUAUUUAUAUCUCUCCUGAAAAUCGAUUUAAAUAUAUUUGGAAGAUCUUAAUUCCAGACAAGCCAGCAAGCAUUCUUCCCAACGAUUCAGCUGUUGUGGUAGUACGCAGAGCUACACGUUCAGUUACUUACCUGUGUGAAACUCAAGAAAAUGGAAGUAUAAUUGCCUCUGUAAAAUACGCAGUGAAAGCAACAACUGACCUGAAAACAAAACAGCCAAAGGAAAAAGGACAAUCCAGGAGAAGAAGGGCAAAUGGCAUUCUGGUCUUUUGCGUGGUUACUGCAGUUAUUGUGACCAUUGGUGUGAUCUUUGUCAUAAUCUUUAUGAUUCUUCACUGGGCUGUUGUCAAAACUGGUUUGGUUUGUCAAGAUGACAAAGACAAAAAAUUGACCAACAAAAGCUCAGUGAGUACCGUGGAAUAAGUAGGCUCUCACUCAGAGUCAGUGUUGGCUUUCAAGGUGUUGGAGUUCCUGCACCUGCAUCUGUGAUCUCACUAACUUCAUUAGCCACAAUACAAGAAGUGCCAGAAGUCUUUCCAGCAUUUGCAUAAUGAACAAAUUUAAUUUUUAAAAAAUAUGCAAAAUAAGUUCUUUAAAAAAAGAUCAGAUUACACAGAAGCAGUAUAUAAAGAUAUUAAAACAAAAACAAACAAAAAAAAAACAAAACAGGAGUACUUUUUACAGUUUAUUCACUGUUUUAGAUUACUGAACUUCAAAUAAAAUUAUAAAAAGCAUCCUAUUUUAAGGUAUGUAUCCAAUCUAGAUAGUGUAAUAGUUUGAGUAGCUCUGAUUUGGAGAAUUGAAGCCAAAUUUUGAAAAGAAAAGAAUAUAUUUAACAUCUCUUGUACUGAUGGCAGUGUUAUUCUAGACUAUAUGAAACUGAGCUUACAGCCUAGGUAGAAACUAGGCAAAAACAAAGUGUUCUUAAUCUUCCUGAUGAUCUUCAACCACAGAACCUCAUAUAUAAUCACUGUAAUCACUGUAAUCACACUUCUAGACAUAUGGAAGGAUAUGUAAUGGUAGGGAAGAUUGAUAAAAUUUGCUUUUUAAGCUUCAUUAAUUUCUUACCUUCACACUUGCACGUAUAAUCAUUUCUGCCAUCACAUGGACCAAAAGAUGUGAACAGAAGCGCAGCCUAGUUCAGGCCAAGAGUUCAUGUAUGUCAAUCAAAUCAAUAGACAAAGGAUGUUGAGGGAGGAGUACAGGAAUGAGUCAAAGUUGCUUGAUGUUUUUCUCACAUAUUCUUCCAGCUUCCAGCCAUUUACAGUUUCUUUUUUCUAAGCAAGAUGCAUUUUCUAAGCAGUUAGCAGACUGGAAUGGAUUUCUUUUUCAUUACUUUGUUCAGUGUUUCCUUGUAUUUAUAUAUGCUUCUCUCACAUAAAACAUCCUAUGAUGAGGAAAUAUACAGCACAACCUUACCUUUUGUCCAUUGUCAACUGCUUCCUGCUAGUUUCAUUUGUUUCACUUCUUUAAAAGACAACAAAUAUUGGUCAGUACUGUACCUCUCCCUGGAAAGGGCAUCUUCUAGGUCUCCAAAAUAUUCCCAGGUUAUUUACUUUCUAAACUGAAAAAUGUAAGCUUUCUUAGUGAUUGGUCAUCCUGAAGCUCUACCAUGUCUCUGACCAUCCUUGCUGUCUUUCUCUAACCAUCCUCAAUUAUGUUACUGUUAUGUUUAUGAAGGUGUAAAUAAACAUUGUUUGAUAUAAACAAAUAAAUAAAAAACAAACUGAUGACAUAGAAAAUGGACUGUGGACUGAAUAAAAUGUUUAAUAGAUUGUAUGAUCAAGCUUUUUUCU